AUGGCAAAUUGUAUGAAACAUACACUACUUGUCUUGAACUUAAUUUGUUUGUUGGCAGGACUAGCAGUGUUGGGACUCGGUUUUUGGGUGAUGUUGGAAGGCUCCAAGUACAUCGCCCUAUUGGAGGCCAGUCUUUUGUCCAAAGCGUCUUACAUGCUGAUUGCUGUGGGUGGACUUGUGUCGCUGAUAUCAAUGGUUGGUUGCUGGGGAGCCAUCACUGAAAACAAAUGUCUUCUGGGAACUUACUUUACCUGCCUCCUUCUAAUUACUCUUCUACAAGCUGCAGCUGCUGUUUUGGGUUUCAUGUUUUUUGACAAUGUACAAAGCUACCCAGACAAGUAUGUUGGGGAUGCGAUUUUGAAGUCCUACAGCCUUGAAGGAAAGAAUCUCGUUACACAAGCAAUAGACACCGUACAGGAGGAGUUUGCAUGCUGUGGAUACAAUAGCCCUUUGGACUGGAGACAUUCUGAAACCUUCAACUCCACUGUAAUGGCUGUUCCAGUCUCCUGCUGCAAAAACCAGAACGAACCGUUAUGUAAUGAGAAUGUUCUUCCAACCAAGAUCCACAUGAAGGGUUGUAAGACCAAGCUUGUGUCCUGGCUGGAAGCUAAUGUACGGGUGAUAGCAAGCGUGGCAAUCUCUGUUGUUGUUAUACAGUUGAUGGCGAUGAUCUUUGCGUUGUGUGUCUGUAAGCAAGCCGGAGAGCUGGGACAUAGUGUAUAG